CGUGUCAAAAUUUCUUUUCGAUGACUCUCAAACGCGUCGCGCGUGAUAACGUGACUCUCCCACAUCUGUUGCAUGCGGCCUGUCCCGGCCGUCACGGCGUCAUCCUGUGCUAUUCGGAACAAGUAGGAGCUUAAUUGCUCCUAAGACGCGGAGAGAACCGGGGCGAUUUUGGCCAACCUGAGAAGCGGAGGGAACCGGGGGAUUUUGGUCCUAAGAACGUCGUAAAAACGAAAAGUGCUCAUGAUGAACGGGAACUUGUUCUCGUGGGAAAAAACAUAAAAGGAGAGCGGGGCUUGCGUCCCCUCCUGCUUCUUUGACUUUGUAAACUGUGCGCUUCUGCCUUCCUUGACCCUUCUGUCCCGUAUUCAACCGUCCUGCCAUCGAAGUCGACCGACACAGUCGCGGACACAUCGCUACUACCUUCGCGUCAAGUCCCUCUCAUACAAACAUUCACAAGGUAUGUUCACCCACAACCAACCAACCCACUGGGCAUCUCCUUCCCUCUUCCUUGACGUUGGGCUCGUUGAGCACUCGAAAGAGUGCGGUGCGUCGGGUUCGACAUCGCGUGGGAAAAACACGUUUGUGGGGGAAGUGGGCAGCAAAUGCGCCCUCGUGACUCAUUUCCUCGUGGGGAAAAGAAAAAGACGCGUCUGGUCGCUGGAUUAUGGCUGUGCCCGAAUGCCUUCCAAAGAGAGGGGAGAGGGGGAACAGCAAAGAAGGAAUCCACAAGGAAGGAGGAUGGGAGGAGGCGGCGCACAUAUGAGUUGGAUGGUGGUUAUCGGAUUGUGUUUUGGCACGAGCGUCCGAUUGUUUGGCUGUUUGACGCGACGGUAUCCGAAAGGGGCGCAUUUCUUGAAUUAUUUUUGGGAGCGCGCUUCAUAUGAUAGCCGGCGGGAGGCAUAUAAACGCCGGUGCACUUCAUCCUACC